AUGGCAUCACCCAAUGCCCCGCCGGAGGAUCCACCCCCUCCCUACUGGGACGUUGCCUCCCAGCCGCAAACAGGCGCUUACACCCCAGCCCAACCGGCAUACCCACCGUCCCAACCAGCGUACCCACCUUCCCAGCCUGCAUACCCACCUGCCCAACCGACAUACCCACCGGCCCCACCGUCAUAUCCCAUUGGCCAGCAAGCAUACCCACAGCGCGGGUACUACCCCGUUCAACCGUCGAACGCACGGACAACCGUGGUGGUGACCCAGCCGUCUUCGAUGGCGUAUACAGGUCGCCUGGGAGAGAGACCGGCACAAAUACAUUGUCCUUACUGCAACGCCUUUAUCGUCACUUCCACAACACACGAAAUCGGCACCUGCACCUGGGCAGCAGCUUGUCUCAUUUGUCUUCUCGGCUGCUGGGCGGGAUGUUGUCUUAUACCGUUCUGUGUGGACGGCACCAAAGACGUCGUGCAUGACUGUCCUAACUGCAAGAACCGAGUGGGUGCCUACCGCAGAUAG